CCCAUACUAAUAAUAAUUAAAUAAAUAACUAAUCUACUCUAUUAGGAGCGACUUUUUCCUUUCUGAAAUCAAGUGGCAAGCACCAGCAAUUUCUUUCUCUCCCUUAAGGAAUAACGUAGCAGCAGCCAAGAGAGGAUAACCAAGCUCCUAAACAUCACUUUUCUUUCAAUUGCUUCCAAUAAAGUUUAGAUUCCAAGUUAUGGUUGUAAGUUUCAGUAAGUUUUACAUUACUAGUUCGUACUUUUGGAUGGAAUUUUGAAUUGUUUAUCUCCAACUUAUAAUUUCAGUUUUCUUUUCCAUUGAAUAGUCAUACUCCAGUUGUUUGCUAGCUCCGUAUCAGGUUUAUAAAUGUUAUUGUGAUGUUAAUUUUAAUAGAAAUUGUCCAAAAUGGGACUAAAACAUGGGCUAAACUCCUAAAUGGGACUUCAAGUUUUUUAUUCCCUAAAUAGGACUCCAGAUUACCCUUUUACCCUUCCUCUUAUUAAACUCAACUUCGCCUGCUCUGUUCUGUGUUAUCUUCCGCGCCCAGCUCUUGCGAUUUCUCCCAUAGGCGCCAUCAAUAGCAGCUCUCCAGAUCGAAGCUUCCCAGGCCAUCGGCGAAAUCAAUAGUAGCUCUCCAAAUCCAAGCUGCUGCAGGUUCCUCCAAAGAUUACAGAAAUAAGGAUCUGGAAGAAGAAGGAGAGAAGAGGAGGAAAAAGAACGAAGAAGAAGAAAGAGGAAGAAAGGAGAAAGGAAGAAGAAGGGAAAGAGGAAGAAGAGAUUACCUGGUGCGCUCUUUCGGACCGGAUUAUGCAGCAAUGUAAUCGUCGAUGGUACUCUGCUGGUUAAGUACUGCAGCGAUAAUCAUUAAGGGUAUUUUUGUCUAAUUAGGUAAUUUGUAGUCCUCGUUUUGCAAAUUAAACAUAGGAGUCCUAGUUUUGCAUUUGUUCCAAGUUUUAGUCUUAUUAUGGCAAUUCUCUCUAAUUUUAAUUAUGGGUAGCUAAUCCCAUAUAGUGUUUGAAUUGGGGCUAGGGUUCAUGGGUUCUUGAGGGUGUGAAAUUUAGUUCUUUAAAAUUCAAUUUUUUUUUUGGAAAAUUGUACAAGAUUAAUAUUAAUUAUCUAUAUGAAUUUGAUCACCUCACAUAUGAAUACUUGGAUUUAAUUCAAUUCUUGUCUAUGAGAAAUUGAGUUAAAUUAGCUCAGAUCUUAUACAAGCAAUCUGAUCUUAGAAAUAAGUUAGAAUUGUGAAAAUUUGAUAAAAUUCUUGUCUAUGAGAAUUUAUUUCAUUUUCUAUCCAGGAAUAUUUGAAAAUUAAUUUACUAAAUUUUAAUCCUGAAAGAACACCUAGAACCCGAACCAUCCAAUUUGAACCCUGUUUUAAUAUCUAGAAUCAAUUUACUUAAUUUUCUUUCUCUAUUUAUUUUUGCACUCGCUGUUAGUUAGUCUUUUUUUUAAACCACCCAAAAAGAAUUUAUUCGGAAAGAUUAUCAUGACUUGUGCUAGCCUGUGAUCACGGAUCGUAUUUAAAACUUCUUUUUUGCCACUCCUUGAGAGACGAUACUCGUGGUCUGGUUAUCCUUCUUAUUAGCCAACUACGUUUUACUCACUAAAAAAUACACCGAUUAAAUGGCGCCGUUGCCGGGGAGUGGCACAGUUGUGUGUUAAGUACUUUAUGUGGAAUAGGUAAAAGCAAGUCGGUGAGACUUUCUAUAUUUUUUCCCGUUAUUUGUUUGUCGUUUUUGGUGUUCUUUGCGUGUGAACUAAGCUGCAGGAACCAGUGUAUGCGCACUCGCUCCUCGGGGGAACAAGAUCUAAUUGCAGGGUAUUCUAAUCCUGAACGCUUAUUCCGAGGAAGAGCUAAAAGGCGUUUACUAGAAGACUUGGAGAAAAUUGCUAAUCAGACAACUCUAGAGACGUUGACGCCUAAUUAUGUGGCGAGAAAUAGCAUUGGUGCACCCACCAUUGAGGCCAACAAUUUUGAAAUCAAGACAACCAUGAUUCAGAUGCUUGCUAAUAAUCCAUUCUGUGGAUACACUCAUGAAGAUCUGUUGGUCCCAAAUUUCAGGAUGAAUGAACAGCUAUGAACUAUCUACAAUAAUAUAGAGAAGGAUUCUUAAUAAUGAUCGAGAGAUAAUCUGAACAGAAGAAAUCCUUACGCUAUACUAUCGAGAACUAUAGAAUGAAUGUUCUGAAUGAAAGGCGCUGUAUAUUUCUGAUUCUCGAUUAUUCGGUCCUGUACCACAUGUACGCAUAUUUAUAGGCGUAGGUAUAGGUACCAAAAUGGUAACCUAGAGCUCUGGGCCUAAGGCCUUUUUGGGCCCUAUUCCCUUAACUCAUUUAUUCUUUACAUAAAUACUAAAAAGGAUAAGUCUAAUCUAAUUGGGAUAACAAGACUCUAGACAAACUUGAUCACAACAAAUAUUUUCCUCAACAAUCUCCCCCUUUGUGAUCAAGUGCCGUCUUGCUUCUUCUUCUCUUCACUAUUGAGCUUUAUAAUAAUUCUUCCUGAGAUUAAGCGCAUGCUCAUAGCUUCUGAGUGAAUUUCUUUUUUCAAGUUGUUUCUGGAUAACCUGUAGAAUGUUGUCAAUUCUAUGUGCCUCUUUCAAUUCAGCGUCUGUGGCAUCUGCAUACUUCUGCUGCUUCUCUUUAAA